CAAACUAUGGUAUACCUGAUGAGCAAGUUUUGUGUUAACUAUUUAGUUUCUUCAUCUCUAAGAAAUUCUUUUUAUAUGUCUGUCCUUGUGUUUUGGUUCAUCCACACACAUGUAUAAAAAGAAGCUUUGAGUGUACAUUGUUGAUAAAGAAGUGGUCAUAAAAAGGAGCAAAUUAUAGAGAUGAGUUUUAAUGUUGAGAGGGAAGAUCUUGAUCUUGCAAGUUUGGUGGAAAUUGUAUUUUCUUGGACUUUCAACGAUGUUCGCAACCAAAACUUCUGCAGGCACAAGGUGGAGAAGAUCCCACAUACAUUCAUGACAGUAACAAAUUACUUAAACUCCUUUAUUCCUUCAUUGGUUGAGGAAACUCAUAGUGAUCUGUCUUCAAGCUUGUAUGGCGUGAACCGGGCUCCUUUUUGUGAGAUAUUGAUAGCUACGCCUGAAAGAUCCAAAAGCUUCAUAUCAUCCAAGUUCCUGCUUUAUCAAAUCUCGGUGAGCAGAACUAAGAAUGAUACAGAAGAUGUAGGACCAUAUCAGCCAGAGGUUGGAGAUCUCAUUGCAUUGACAGACUUCAAACCGAAAACUGUCGAAGACUUAAACAGGCCAAGAAGAUAUUAUCACAUUGCUUAUGUUUAUGGAUCAAAAGAAAGUAGUGGCGAAAUAUCAAUUCUGUCUUCCAAAUGCAUUGACAUGGAGGUUGACUCUAAUUACUUGAGGAGCAAUAAUGCACCAAAGCUUUAUGCUGUCUAUCUUUUAAAUCUGACAACAAAUAUUCGCAUUUGGAAAGCCUUGAACUCAGAAUUGGAAGGUGCAAAGAUGAACAUGAUUAAAAAGGUGCUGCAAGCUGAUUCAAAUAACGGAGAAAACUGUCAACUUUGUAUUUAUGGGGAAAACCAUAUUGAUAUUGCUGCUUGUUCUAAAGUACAUACCAUGAUCCAGUCUGAGAAUCUGAAUGAAUCCCAAAAAGAUGCAGUUUUAAGCUCUGUUUCCAUGAGGGAAUGUCAUCAUAGUGACACUAUUAAACUUAUUUGGGGCCCACCAGGGACCGGCAAAACAAAGACAGUGGCUUCCUUGUUAUUUUCCCUGCUCAAGUUUAAAGCCAGAACAUUAACAUGUGCUCCAACUAAUACUGCAGUGUUGGAAGUGGCUGCUCGCUUGCAGAAUUUAGUUGAGAAGUCACUUGAGCAUGAUGUUGAUACAUAUGGCCUUGGUGACAUAGUGAUAUUCGGCAACAGGUCUCGAAUGAAAGUCGACUGUUACCGAUGCCUCCAGGAUAUCUUUCUUGAUUAUCGCGUAAGUAAUCUUUUGAGGUGUUUUGCUCCAUUCACUGGAUGGAAACAUUACUUAGAAUCAAUGAUCGCAUUGCUUGAGAACCCCUCAAAGAAAUAUGGUAUGUAUAAGCUUGAUGCAGAAAAUAGUAUUAUGUCAUUAGAACAAUUUACAAUGCUAAAACACGAAGAGGUUGAACUUGCAUAUAGUUCAUACAAGCAGCAUGAGAAGAAUGAUGAUCCUCUGACGUUAGCGCAAUUUGUGAAGAAGGAAUACCAUUCAUAUAAGGAAGAUAAAAAGAAUAGUAUCAUGACAUUUGAGCAAUUUGUUAAGAUGAGAUUCAGUUCCAUUGUAGCGGAGCUCAAGUUAUGUAAGAAAACCUUGUAUACACACCUACCAACAUCUUUAUUUCCAUUUGAGGAGAUGAAGAAAAUUCCUAUAGCUCUUGAUUUGCUAACAUCUCUUGAAAGCUCCAUGUGUAAAGCCAAGUUGAAACAAACUCUCGACGAUCAUGGAGAUGGAGAAAGCAUUUUUGACUGCCUUGGAAGGUUAAACAACACAACGGAAGACUGCGUUUGCUUACUAAGAUCACUUCUUAAGAAGAUUUCACUUCCAAACAUAACUGAAAAAUAUGAAAUAGAAAAAUUUUGCUUGAUGAAUGCAAGCCUGAUUUUCUGUACUGCAUCAAGUUCUACUAGACUUUUCACAGAAGGAAUGACACCGAUAAAAUUUCUAGUUAUUGAUGAAGCAGCUCAGCUAAAAGAAUGUGAAUCAGCCAUUCCAUUACAGCUGCCAGGUCUCCACCAUGCUGUCCUCAUAGGUGAUGAGAGACAACUUCCUGCAGUGGUCAAAAGCACGGUUACUGAAGAGGCUGGAUAUGGAAGAAGUUUGUUUGAGAGGCUGGUAUCGUUGGGAUACAAGAAGCAUCUUCUUAAUACUCAGUAUAGGAUGCAUCCAUCCAUCAGCUUGUUCCCAAAUAAAGAAUUCUACGAGGAGCAACUUGUUGAUGCCCCAAUUGUCAGAGAAAUGAGCUAUAAUAGGUGUUUCCUUGAAGGAAAAAUGUAUGCAUCGUAUUCCUUUAUAAACAUAGCUAAGGGUAAAGAACAACGAGGUCGCGGACACAGUUCGAAGAAUAUGGUCGAGGCUGCUGUUAUUUCCAAGAUCAUUGGAAGCCUUAAAGAAGAAUUUCAUAGGACAAGAAAGAAAGUUAGCAUUGGAAUCAUAUCUCCGUAUAAUGCUCAGGUGUACGAAAUCCAAGAAAAAAUAAAGCCGAACAAUUCUAUUUCUGAUCCUAACUUCUCUGUUAGUGUUCGUUCUGUCGAUGGCUUUCAAGGCGGUGAAGAAGAUAUAAUAAUAAUCUCCACCGUGAGAUCUAACGAGGAUGCAAAAAUAGGUUUUCUUUCCAACAGACAACGAGCAAACGUGGCACUGACUCGGGCUAGACAUUGCCUUUGGAUAUUAGGAAAUGAAACAACUUUAGAAAAAAGUGAUUCUAUAUGGAAAGAACUAGUACUUGAUGCAAAGGAAAGAGGGUGUUUCCAUAAUGCCGAUGAGGACAAGAAACUGGCCGAGGCUAUUGAGGAUGCCUUGCUUGAGAUUGAAUUCCUUGACGAAUCUGAAUCACCAUUCAAGAAACUUAGUCUACAAGGCAAAUCAGAGACAUUUGCUACAACCUCCAGAGGUUCAAUGUCUACAAGAGGUUCCCAGUAUAACAGAGGUUCGUCCAGGGGCAGGGGUAGGACCAGGCCAUGGCAACCGAGGUGGUAAUGAAUGGGGUGCACCAAGUACCAUUUUAAAUCAAGAUCAUGUAAGAUAUGGUUGCUAAAUCCAAGGGCUUGACACGGUUUGCUGUCGUAACAUGAAACUUCGGUGUUUCAAGGACGACAGAGGGUGCCAAUCCCAUUGACAUUUAUCCCACGUUUUUUUAAUAGUUUGUAAACAAUGGUCAAUAGGAUUUGCUGCUGUGGCUGUUAUAGAUUUAUGUUAUAAUAACUUUGGCAAACUAUUUUUUUAUGGUAUAAAUUGAUCAAAUGGUUGAGAUCAAAA